UCGACGCAUCAUGGCGGCCGUUUGUUGCCGACCAUUGAAAAAACCAAGAUUAGGCCCUCCAGACGUCUAUCCACAAGACGCUAAACAGCGAGAGGAUGAACUCACAGAGGAAAAUGUCAAGAAAGGMUUUUCAUACCAACCUCUUUUUAUGACAAGCUCGAACGAGUAUGGCUCAGCUAAGGAUAUAGUAUCAAAUGUUCCAAUAUCAAAGUUCGUAUCAAGCUUUAACAACAUUACUCAUGAAAARCACAAGAUAAAUACCCACCAAGAUGGAAACAAGAAAAAGUCUACAAUUGCAAAAGAAAAUUUCUGGAAUGUCACAGCAAGGUCUAGAAGUAAUAUUCAAGUAUGGUUUCAAGAUCUUGCUGGAAGCAAACCACUGACAGCACUGGCAAAGAAGGUUCCUAUCUUCAACAAGAGGGAAGAAAUAUUUAGUAGUUUAUGUGAUAAUGGAGUACCCAUGCUAAGAGCGACAUGGUUUAUYAAAAUGACAUCAGCAUACAAUACAGUUAUAUCAGAGGCCAAAAACAAGAAACGCUCUUUAGGAGAUCCUUCCAUAGACUGGACUCAUUCAUUGACAAAGUAUUUAAGAGACCAGUUGAGCAAACUGUCAGAUUAUUAUCAGAGUCAUUUUGGAGGAAUAACAUCAUCACAGUUACAGCAGAGAAUGACUCCAGAAGUAGAACAGUCUCAGAGAUACUGGAAUUAUACMGUUAGACUGGCUAACUGGUUAUAUGAGGAAAGUCUGCUGGACAGACAAGAGUUCCUACAAUGGUUGCUUGAUGUUUUUGAAAAAGGCAAAGCUAGUGAUGAUGUGUUACUGAAAUAUCUUAUCCCACUUGUGCUGAGGUAUGUAGACCAGAUAGUCCUUUCUCAAACCUUGGCAAGAAAUCUCUCUCAUGUUUGUACAAAGAAGCUGUCAACUCUCUAUUCAGCUGCUGAGCAAAUGCAGUCUGAACAACCUGCCCCAGUCUCUCAGACAGCCAUUGGUGGAAAGACAACAGUAGCUGGGGUACCCUCAAGUAAUUCAUCUACUGCUAACACCACUGAAAGUCCUGUCAAUGGCCAAAUGUCUGUCCUGUCACAGUACAAGAACUGUCCUCAGCAUAAUUCACUUGUCUUAGCCUUAGCAGCAAUCUUACAAGCUGUAACUAUUAGUUGUCCUGGUGCUCUGAUAUGGAAUUCAGCUGUACUUCCUGGCAGUCAAACCAAUACCACACCUAGUAAUGAUCCUAGUGGUAGCAAAGUAACUGUAUUAGGUUCACCACUUGACCGCCUGGCAAUGGCACCUUCAUCUUUACCAACACCAAUGAUUAAUGGACAGACAACACUCAGUCCUGAGGUAAUGAUGGCAUUGAUAGCAAGUGAAGAUGAAAUAAAAACAAGAGGAAAGUCUAUUGAAUCAAGAUGGUCACCAGAUAAAUACCAAGACAAGACAUCAGAUAUCUGUAUUUCAGCACUUGCCGUGCAACGUGUUCUUACUACCCUGGACAUCUUGGACAAGUUUAAUUUUAAUAAAGCAGCAACACAGAGCUCYGUUGAUCUGUUGUAUUCUAAGAUAUUUCCUCCUUUAAAAGAAACACAAGAGCUGUCAUUGACAGAUCAAGCCAUAAUUCUGUUGUUAUGCGAAUGGGCUAUCACAAAGUAUCGUGUUGGGAAACAUCGUGCUGUUGUGGUUGCUAAACUUCUUCAAAAACGACAGAUGGAAAUGUUGAAUGAGAAAGAAGACAGUAGUAGUCAGUCCAAUACUACACCGGUAUGUCAAAAGGUGUUGUAUAACUUUCUGGAUAACUAUGCUCCUGUUGUAGAAAGUUACCAACACAGUAAGGGUGAUCCAAGCUUUGCUCAACUUGUUCUUCUCUUUGGUGAAUUAAUCCGCCAUGAUGUCUUUUCCCAUAAUGCUUACAUGUUCAAUCUCAUAUCACGYGGWGAUCUGCAACCUACACCUCCUGUCUCAGUAUCAUCACCUCCAAGACAGACACCAGGUGUGCUGCACCCCCCUGAAUUGGAGCACAUCGAGGAAUGYGUACAGGAAGGRGAUGUCAAUCAUGGCAGUAUUGAUGUUACCAUGACCAGUCAUGACGAUGUGUUAGGUAGCAAUCAGCAGAUGGAGCUUGAUAGAGAGCUACUUCUCCACCAAGAAAGACUUCAACAACUUCUUGACCAGGGUGACCAUGAAACCUUCCUGGACCAUGACCCACAUAUAACACCACAAUCAUUACAUAUAUCACUUGGAGGUGAUKCAUCUCAUGCUACAUUAUCUCAUGUUACCCAAGAGAGCUUGAARGURCUUGAACAAGGUGACAUCAACACMUCRUCUGAUAUACAAGAUAUCACACUUGAAGAACUCAAACAGCAUUCCACCAAGAAAUCUCAGCAUGUACAGUACGCUACACACUUYCCCAUUCCUUUUGAUUGUGCAAGUCAGCAUGAUAUCAACCAGAGACUUGUUCUUCUGUAUGGUGUGGGAAAAGCAAGGACUGAGGCCAUUCACAAAAACAAAGAAAUCACAAACUCAUUAAAGAAAAUGCUUCAUGACUUAGCAAGUCCUCAAUAUGGUGGWAGUUAUGAAUACAGCCAAGGUCUAAAAGCUUCAGGAUUAAAAACAAGAAGAGCAUUUGAAGAAAAGAUAUCAACUUUGUACAGCAAGUACUCAAGUCUUCCAUGUUUUGAGCAGUACAUGGCUAUUGCAGAGUGCACUAGUCCUCUUCAAGACAUGCGCAACCAGACACCAAAUGUAUUUGGUCUAACAGGACCUCUACCWAGUAUUGACCAACUUGUGUUUGUUUUUGAUCUCUUUGAAAUCUCUGGUGAUGUUCAAGGACUGAUAGACUUUAUUGCAAUUACACUAAUACCAGAUGAAGAUACUGUAAUACCUUUAGCUCCCCCUACAUCCUCUAUUGACAGUCAACCAUCAAAAGCUAUUGUCACUAUAGCUAUGCUUCGACAUUAUCACACAUGUUUAUCAUUGAUGCCUGAUAUUCUGGCAAGAAUCUUUAAAGGUCUUCUUCAAACAGUUGAAAAUAUAUCAGAUCCAAGUAUGUGCACAUCAUCUGAGAGGUGUAUUUUAGCCUAUCUUCAUGAUAUCUAUUCAUCAAGUGCAAACUUAGAGAUGCGAUGUGCAGAUAUUUUUAGUACAGCACACACCAAAAUCAAGAAGAACAUUUGUUCAAGUGUUAAGCCUUCUCCYUCCACAGCCCAGUAUGAUCCUAAGUAUAUGUCUGAGUUUUUCAAUAACCCAAGAAUGUUGAGAAUCAAUGCAAUAUGGGAGCAUCUACAUUCCAACAARAAACCAUCUGAUGUGUACAGUUUUGUGUGCAAUGCCAUGAUGAACGUGUGCAACUGUCAGAACAGUGAAAGGYUACAUGAUAUUGCUGUACUCUGUGCAGAAGUGACUGCUCACUGUGGAAGACUCAGUUCUGAAUGGCUUGGUGUACUCAAAGCCUUGUGCUGUUCAUCAACUAAUUCUUAUGGUUUUGUAGAUCUGUUGUUAGAAGUUGAGGUCAGCGAUCUAUCGAUUCACGAAUCUGUGGCUACAUUCACGGCUAUMAUGAUUGCAAGAGGAUGUUUCUCACUAGAAGAUGUCAUUUACCAAGUSGCUAUGGAUUCAUUGCUAGAUGCUAUUAGAAUUGGUGGUGAGAACCAAGAUGCUGAAUCAGGCGCAAGACUUACAUGUCAUCUUCUCYUACGCUUAUUGGACGAGACUACAGACUUCAUGUCACAUGAUCAUUCAAGUGUCUCAAAGUUUCCAUUUAAGUCGUCACCGGACCAUCACCUACUUUCUGCUGCGCAUGACAAUAUUGGAGUUCACGCUGUGCUGGCUAUUUUGAAAGCAAUGUUGCGAUUGUCAGAAUCAGGGCGUUGUGGCAGUGGCGUUAGCCAAGUGUCACGUGAUGAUAGUUUCAGAGGUUUGUUUUCUUCACGUUUGGAUGACUUCCCAGAAGGCACUGCUGCUCCUGGUGAUAUCUUCUCAACACCACUUACUACAAGCAAACCAGCCAUUGGUUCGUCCAACUUGAGUGCUUUUGCAGGCUACACCUUACAAGUGAUAUGUGGUCAGGAGUGGGUGAGAGAAAGAUGCCUGCAAGAUCCAUUGGUUUUAUUUUCCUCUGAACUGCUACUUGAUCCUGAAUUGACGGUCAACCAGGUUGGCCUGAGAAAACUCCUCCAUUUGAUUUGCUAUCCUGCUGGUAUCCCAUCAUGCCUUGGAGGCUCSGUUUCUCUACCGUCCAGCAUUGAAAUGGAAUCAGUCGACGAAGCAGCUGGUCGCGUGUUGCAGAAUCUAGAUCAAUGGUCAUUAAGAAAGUCAUGGCUAGAGCUUCAACUGAUGAUUAAACAAGCAUCGAAAGAGGACAUGGGUUGUCUUUUGGACGCUGUAGCUUCAGCAGCAAUGAACGUGUUUGUCCAACGUCAUGAUUCAUCCCUUACUACAGCAAGCGGCAGCCAUAAGUCAGGCGUUAUCAAAGGCCCAGAGUGGUUGGUAGCGCCAUUGAUCUCCAGGCUACCCAGCUCAGUGCAAGGGCGGCUACUCAAGGCUGCUGGGGAGGUUCUUGGUACUGCCAAGUGGUGGAAACCACACUCUGAUUCAUCCAAUCCCAUUCUGGUCCAUACACAGCCUUUCCUGUCACUAGUGUUAGCUUGCCUUAAAGGUCAAGAAGAACAGAGAGAAGGUCUUCUGAUGUCKAUAAGUCGGCAGAUAACMCAACUUCUUAGUGCUCCGUCUGAGGAAAGRUGUCCAGCUGAUGUCAAGAGUAAAGAAGCUUUACAAGAAGCGUUACAUUUGCGWAUAAGUUUAGUAGGAGCAAUGUUUGAUACCAUACAACGAAGUGUUUCGCUUUCUAGUGAUUGGGCGACGUUGUUAUUCCAACUGGUUAGCUCAGGGACAAUUACAGCAGAAUCUCUUCCAUCAAAAAAAGAACUACUGACCAACGUGUUAGAUAUGGUAUCUGUWUUGAUAAGUGUGGUAACCAACACUGAGACUUCCAGUGGUCAAGGUUCUGAUGAAGCACGAAAAGCUACCAAAGCAACCCUUUUUAAGAAACUGAAGCGUGAGCUYGCAGGCAAAAGYCCUAUGGAUAUUAUUCAGUGCAAACAACUACUGCCCCUCCCCUCCCUAUCUCACAAUGUACACACMGUSGAAAAAGAUAACGGCGACAAAAAGCAAUCGAAUGUACAGGGACUWAAGAUUAAUGGAAAGCAAAAAAUAAGUGCCUGGGACCUUAUGGAGGGGCACAAAAACCCGGCACCUUUUGCUUGGUCUUGGUUUGGUGCCGUACGUAUAGAACGCCGACCGUCACGUUACGAACAAGAGUUCCGUAAACUUCUUCAUCACUCACAUAUCAGGCGAAAGCCAAACAGUUAUUUUAUAAGCAGACAACAUGAUGAUGAUGUCGAUGAUGAYGAAGAUGAAAAGAUGGAAGCGGAGGAGGGUGGUGAUAAGUCGAGUCUGCCGUCMACUCCUCAGACGCCUGCUGAGGUUAAAGGUCCUUUUAAAUCAGUUGGUACACCAGGAACGCCAGGUUCAUCUACCGGCGUGGUACAACCAACUAUUACCGUUACUCAGCCAGAACCUAAAGCAAUACCUGAUGAAAAGCAACCAAAACCCAAAUCUCGGCAGCGUAACAGACGGCAGGCUCGCCAGGGAUGGCAAGGAGCACCUAACUUCACAGCACAACAAAGAAAGAUGCUUCAGAACAAAGCAGCCAGUGGUAUCYUSUAUCAACAACAGGGAAUGGUGUUUGGACAACCAGGAAAUCAGCAGUUUAUGCCUCAGCAACAAGUACCUGGGCAGCUUGGAAUUCCYGGMCAAGCAGGAAUGCCUGGACAAGCAGGAAUGCCMGGMCAAGGAAUGCCCGGUCAAGCAGGAAUGCCCGGACAAGCUGGAAUGCCAGGACAAGCGGGAAUACCAGGACAAGCUGGAAUGCCUGGACAGGGUAUUCCUGGACAGCCCAGAAUGGCAACAGCUCAAGAUACCAAGUCAACGAUAAGGUCUCUUCUCGUCAAUCGUGGACAGACACCUCAGGCGAUGGGACAGAACAGAAACCARUCAUCUACAUCMAUGUUCCAACAAUUUCUUCAACAGCAACAGCAACAACAACAGCAGCAACAGCAACARGGACCAACAGCUCAGCAAACUUUGUAUAAUUUACAACAACAAUUGCAGCGAACAACACAACAAAUGCAACAACCUACUCAACAGCUUAGACACCUGCCGCAGCCACAAGCAACGAUACAAACAGGACAGACCCAACAGAAUUACAGCUUCAACCAAUCUCAAAGACCAAAUAGUUUACAAAUCCCCAACAGAGGACAAGUGACAUCGAUGCAUGGAUCAACGCCAUCCACCCCAACCUCGCUUGGUUUGGCCACAACAGCAAUGAGUAAUACUGCAAACGCCUACGGAGCGCAGACAUAUCAGGUAGGCUCAGCUGUCUCCCAUGCACUCACAAGACCUCCAAUGCAACCUCAGCAAGUUCAACAGCAGCAACAACAACAGCAACAACAGCAGGUGCAACAACAAAAACAAUUUACUCUUCAACAUGCCAUUCAAAACCAGUCUCAAGGCCAACAAGCCUCCACCCAUCACCAACAUCAGAUGACCUCACAGGGUGGUCAUCCAAACCUUCAACAAACAUCGCAGUUUCAGCAACAAGCUGUGAAUCGAGUUACGAUGCAACAAGCACAACAGCAGCAACAACAACAACAAGUUCGACUGCAGCAAAUUCUUGCCUUACAACAGAAGCAGCAGCAAAAACAACAACUACAGCAACAACAACAACUACAGCAACAGCAGCAGCAACAACAACAACAGAUGCCUCAAGAGUUAAUGCGACAACUUCGGCAAUUCACGGGUGGUGGAAAUCAAGAUCUAAACCUACAGCACCAGUUUACGACUGAUGAUAUCACUUUACAAAGACAGUUGUCUGCACCAGCUGAUGUUGGACUACAGAGACAGGUAUCCCAGGACAUAACUCAGUUUCAAAGACAAUUGUCGACGCCAGCCCCUCAAGACCUCACUCAACAGCAACAGCAAUUCAACACCAAUCAGCAGUUUCAACCGGGACAGUUUUAAUUCGACUGGGAUUCCUGUUGCAUGUCAUAUAACUGAGGGUCUGGAAGUGGCCGUUCAGAUAAAUGAACUUUACCAAAUUUCUAAACGAUCUGACGAAAUCCAAACUGAUUGUGAACAUGCACAUUCUACAUUCUGAUAUGAUCUUCAAAAAAUGUAACGGUGACAUGACUAAUCCGAUGUCAAAUAGCCUUUGAAAUGGUACAUAUGCCCAUUGACUCCAUGUCAAUUUUGAUGAAACUAUAUUUUUAUUCAUUUUACUGCAAAUGAGAUCUCUUUUGUAGUGUUGUUUGUAAAAAUGUCGUAUUUAAUUCUAACUAUGAUAAUUAUAUUUGGUAUUUCAUUAUCCUGAAACAGAACCUUUGACUUUAUCAGUUUUGUUGCCAAGUUAAUCAAUGCUACAUUACCGCUUCUUUUAAUUGAAAAUCUGUGUUCAAUGAAGGGAGAAUCGCAAACUGAAAGAGAUUUACAUGGAAGUAUUUUAUGAAAUGGAGAAACACAAGUUUAAACGUAAUAUUCUCAAUCGAGGUAAUUUAAAAUGGGAGUACCGUUAUUAUCAUUUCGUGACGGUUUUCUUCAAAGCCACUACAAACACUGUGUUGUUUGAAACAUACUCCUGAAUUUUAAAUGCCAAAACGCCAGAAACUGAACAGUUAUGUUUUGAUCCGUGAAUAUUAAAAGGUAUUACAGGUCUUUGGACUAUUACAUUGUAACACUAACAGCGUCAACAAUAAAUACUUUAUUUUGUCUAAGUACAACGCAAUUUACAUCGGUACAUCUACUAUGAUUCUCGGUGAAAAGAACUUCCAUUCAAACAGCUUGUGCGAAUCUUUCAUGAUCCUCGAGCUACUUUUUGUAUAUUUGUUAUCUAGAUUUGUUCUUUGGUUUGCUUGGAUUGGUCCGAGGAUGUGUAACUAUAAAGKGUUUAUUAAUGAAAUAAAGCACUUAUUUGGUC